UAGCGCGCGUGCCCACACGCGGCGAAUAAUGUCUGAUCCCGCAUCUGACGAUACGGCAAGCGACUAUGAGGACGAUGAGAACGGCUGUGAUCUCGACUACUAUGCAUAUCAAGAUGACGGCGAUGUAGAUGAACAUGACGGGUCUUCAAAGGGGGACGAGGAAGACCCUGAAGCGUUUUCCUUCUCUUGCCUCACGAAAGCGAAAGCUACUGCCGUUCUAGAACAGACAGUAGAGAAAGUAGCAGGAGAACUAAAGGUAACAACAGAUGCUGCGAGGUUGCUUUUGAAGAAAUUUAAGUGGGACGAAGAGUCACUGAAAAGGAGGUUUACUGCCGACAGAAGACAAAUACUGUUGGAGGCUGGUCUCAUACCUCGCAAUAAUGUCAAACUUGAUGGAUUGUUUCCUGAUACUUGUGACGUGUGUGAUCAAUCGCGUAAACAGGAUGAUAUGUUUAGUCCUGCUUGUGGUCAUAGUUACUGUAAGAUAUGUUGGAGUGACUAUAUCAAAGCCCAGCUGGAUGAUGGACGAUCCACAACUAUUGAGUGUAUGAGGUGUUCCGUCAUGAUAAGCAGCUCAGCCUCAAUAGAGCUGUUACUUCUUACUCCGGAAUUGCGACAAAAAUACCACUCAUUUGCAUUAAGAGACUGUGUAGAAGCACAUCCGAGGCUUCGUUGGUGUCCUGGUGUUGACUGUGAUUUUAUCAUUCAGGCUCCUGUGUCUAGUGCAAGAAAAGUGCAAUGUCACAGCUGUUCAACUAGUUUUUGCUUUUGUUGCGGAGAUGAAUAUCAUGCUCCUGCUGAUUGUAUAACAAUACAGCAAUGGUUGCAUAAGUGCAAAGAUGAUUCAGAGACGGCGAAUUACAUUCGAGCUAAUACUAAAGACUGUCCUCGUUGUCAAGUCUGUAUUGAAAAGAAUGGUGGAUGUAAUCACAUGGUAUGCGGGAAGUGCCAUCAUGAAUUCUGUUGGAUGUGUGUGGCAGAUUGGCAAUCUCACAAUAGAGAGUAUUAUGAGUGUAGUCGUUAUAAGGCUGAAAAUGAAUCUUCAGGUGCCAGUGCAAAGAGCAAAGCACGAGAAGCUCUCAAUCGCUAUCUCUUUUACUUUGAAAGAUGGGACAAUCACAGGCGCAGUUUGAAAUUGGAGAAUGACAUGCGGGAAAAGAUUAAUGCACAAAUUGAUGAAAAAGUCAAGCAAGGUGAAGGCACAUGGAUUGACUGGCAAUAUCUGAAAGAUGCAUCCACCUUAUUACUGAAAUCUAGAUACACUCUACAGUACACAUACCCAUUUGUUUAUUUCAUGAAUGGUACAGGCAAAGAGUUGUUUGAGUAUCAACAAGCACAGCUGGAACGAGAAAUUGAAGAUUUGUCUUGGAAGAUUGAGCGAGCAGAGAGCACAUCAAGAGGGGACAUUGAGAAUCAGAUGGCAAUCACUGAGAAGCGGCGACUCACUCUACUGAAGGAUCACAUAAGCAACUAGCAAGCACACAUGCAUAGAGGUCAAUAUACAGCAAUACUGACUGUACUUCAGAUUUUAUUUUGUGUUGAUGAACUUAAUGAUAAGAUUUAAUCAACUUUGCAUGUAAAGAAUCUCAUAAGAUAUUUGAGUGCACAAGCACGUAGCCUGUUCAAUGUUCAUAGUACAAUACAAUUGUAUCACUAGA